UUUACCGCACGGAUCAAUCGCGGAACAACUCCGCGUCGCUUCGACAAAACAAACCAACGCUAACGCGAAGUGCAGUUGUGGCGUCAUCAGUGGACUGUGUAGGGAAAUACUAAGCAUCAGAAGGAGUAACAGGAAGCUAAAGUGCAACGUUGAGAACCCCUAGAAGCCACGUAAUGGAUGUAAAGCUGCUUAAAGUGAAACAAUUCCCGAUCGAUCUGCCCGUACGGCGGAAGCCCUCGAAUGCCAAAGCGCUCUGCCUCAUAAGCCUGACGACAACCCUAUCGAUCGCCUGCUUUAUAUUGGGAUUGUUUUGCCACGUGAACCAACCGACACAGCUGAUCCUGAACGAUCGGUUGACGAUGCGCGAAUUUAUGCCUUAUUUCCGGUGGUGGAAGGAUACGUCAGAUGUGUUGGUUACCUGUCGGAUUUUUAUUUUUAACGUUACAAACUCUAAAGCAUGGUUAGACGGAAUGGACGAUCAGCUGCAUCUUGAGGAGCUUGUUCCCAUCGUUUAUCGCGAAAUACUGGUGCACGAUAAUGUAACGUUCCAUGAGCACAAUUCUACCAUGUCCUACGUCACCAGACGCCAUCUCGAGUUUCUACCGGAACGGAACACUCCUGGUAUACUGAACAAAACGAUCAUUGUACCGAAUACGUCGCUCUUGGGUGUCGCCGCGAGGAUGGAAAAUGACUUUUUCCUCGUAAAGAAAGGAUUAAACUUUGUCUACUCCAUCUCCGGUGAUUCAGUGUUCUCCGAAAUGACGAUCUACGACUAUUUGUGGAACACGAACCCUCCGUUUCUGAAGCAAGCACGCAGCAUAAUACCCUCGAUGGUACCGGCGGAAAAUGUGGGAAUUCUUAGCACAAUGUACGAGGAUCCUGAGGAGCACGUGAAUGUGCGAUACGGAAGGCACUACGGGAACGAGCAGUUUUUCAUGAUGAACACGUACGAGUACGAACCGACGGUCCCAGGAUUUAGCCUGGCCAGGGGAGAUUGCUUCGCUUCAAUCGUCAACUCCUCCGAGGGAGCGACUUAUUCGCAGAAUCUGAAGGAAGAGUCUGUGCUGAUUUACUGGCGCAAAACACUGUGCCGCGCGGUUCCACUGUACUUCGAUGGACGGGUGCAGCGAGGACCUUUGAUGGGCUACAAGUACAGUCUGCCCGACAGUUCCUACGAUCGUCUGGCUAAUAGUACUGCCGAUUGCUUCAAAGGACAGUAUGGGCCGCUCGAAGACGGUAGCACCGAUAUCUCCAAGUGUUAUCAUGACGUAUCACUAGUGGCCACUAGUCCCCAUUUCUACGCUCGAAACUUUACUAACGCACACAAGAUCACCGGGAUGAAACCAAAUCGAGAGUUACACCACAGCUACACGAUUGUCGAUCCUUCCUUUGGCAUUCCGCUCGAUCAGAGUGCCCGGACUCAAACGAACUUGGCGAUUCCGCAGCUGACUGGUUAUGCAUCGGAGAUACGGCGCUUCAGCGAGAUGAUCAUUCCUAUGUUCUGGAUCGAAUAUCAUCAAAAAGAGCUGCCCGUGUACAUUGUGCGAACGCUGCAAGCCUUCUACGUGAUACGCGACAUUGAACCGUACCUGCCGUACGCGCUAUAUUUUGCCUGCGUGCUGAUCCUGGUAGUUGCGUUCCGUGAAGCGGCCCGAUUCAACAUGCCGAGCCGGAUAGCGCCAACGAAAUGCUAACAGUUUGUCGAUCUCUUGCGAACGAUCACACAGCAUGAUCCUCGAUGCAUCUCACCAUGUCCAUUAACUACCAUAUCUGCUACCGUUUUUACGGUGGUCCGGUUGAACCGAGUCAUCAAUAAAAUAAUU